AUGGACUCCAAUCAAUUGAAAGAAUCAUUGUAUCCUAGAAGUGUUUUAGAAAACGGUGAUCAGGUUGGUAGAUUUUUUGGCACUUCUGAGACGACUCGUAGGAAGAAAAUUCCAAAAAUAGAAAAAUCGUAUAGCAGUCUCAAUUUCGUAACAUUUUCAACCUACGAGUAAAAUACCUUGGAUACAACUUUUUGUAUUUUUUUGGAGAAUUUCUUGGAAUCCACGUCAAUAGACGUGCAAAACUAGCUAUUUCUGAAACGAGAUUCACGUCAAAAUAAUACAACUUUUUUGUUAUAAAAGAGAAGCCUGGCUGAGCAUUUUACACAUCGAGCUGAAAAUUCUUCUUGCUCACUUCUCUCUGAAAAUUCUCAAUUCUCCCAGAUUUUCUCCCCUAAUUAAUGUGUUUAAAGUGUUUGUCGCCGACGUGUUCAAUUGAUAGCAGUUAUUCUUCAUCGUCAAGUGUCGAUUCUCAAUUGGAAAUCUAUUUGGAACGAGUGACAAGUCCGUUGAGCCGCGAUUUUUUCGGAAAUAUGAGUUCGACUAGAAGCUCCAGUUUUGAUUUCGGUUAGUUUUUCCAGAAUUCUAGAUUUACUACUCCAAAAAUGCUUCAUUGUUUUUGUUUCAAAUCCUAAUCCUUUCCAAGGAAAAAGCACACAGAAACUACAUAUUUUCUGAUUAAUCCUAUACAAAAGUGCAUAUUUUUCAGGAGAUUUUCCACCAACUGCUCCUGGUUCAAGAAAAGAUUCGGAAAUUGAUGAUCUUCAUUCGCUAUUUGCUCAUUUGGUGGUGAGUUUGGGACUAGGAAAGAAAAAGGGUAGGAAAAAUAGUGAUGAUUGUAUGAUGAAGCAAUCCUAAACUUUUGAACCUUUUACUCAAAGCUUCUCCGCUGGGUAAAAUAACUCUUUUCCCUCUCUAUUGUUAGAGAUAACCUUGAAAAGCCAAGAAACAAAAAAAAUUGUCUUGUCUCGUUUUUUCUCCUUUUUUUUGAACGAGGUGCUGGUGUGUCUGUUAGUCAUCACCUGAAUCCUUCGUUUUUUGUGUUCCUCAAUCACUCAUUACUAAACCAACUACUACAUAUAUUUUUUAUAUGUCAUGCCAAUGUAAACAGAUGCAUUUGCUUCUUUUUUUAGCGUCUCAAGUGAGUACGGUAUUUUACUUUCUGGCUACUGUUUUUGAAGAUCAUUUUUUUAGAAAUCAAAAAAUCAAACAGUUUUCCAAAUUUUUCUAAUUAUUUUUAAUUUCCCUAUUUCCUCCCACACAUUAUUUUUAAAAACCAUCAAAUAAAAUUCCAAAAAACCAAUAUUUCUUUGGCAUUUUCUUCAAAGCUACAGUAGGAUUUUCAUUCCGCUUAAACUGGGGAAUUUUAGCGCAGCCCAGAUCAAGUCUAUAAUUAUGGUAGAGGGUGUUGUUAACCCAAUAAUUUUAAAUGCGCGAAGUUUUAUCAACUCGCAUAUUUUUACUUUUUUUUCUGAGUAGCACAACUAGUUUUUGUAUAUAUUCAAAAAAUUUCAGGAUACAACUGAUCCGCCAGCAAAUAAAUCACCAAAAAAGGAAGAAAUCGAUCAAGAAGAGGAAGAAGAAGCUAAUAAAGAUCAAGUAAGUUCACAACCUGUUAUGAUUAGUACUUAUUAGCCGCGGGUUACUUGUUAAAUAUGGUUUCUAGGCUCCGGGUCUAUGAGAAAAAAAUUAUUUAAGUUUUUCAUUCCAGGUGAAAAAUAUUUCUGGAAGUUUUCCAACAGCAGCUGAAAAUAUUACAAAAAAGCAUAAUCCCCUUUUUUUCUUGUGUCAGCACUUUUUUCAUUUUCUAAUCUCAUUAGCAAUCCCACAACUGCGUAAAAACUUCGUUUUUUUUCCAGAAUUCUGAAAAACAAUUAGAGCAACCAACUUCGUCAAUGUCACAAUCACUUCAAAUCAAAACUGAAUUCGAUUUGUUGCCUGCCGCAGGUUUGGGUGGAGGAGCUAUUCCGAUGGCUAAUCAUGAUUUCUUCUUGGGAUCGAAUCCCAAUUAUGCUUUUCCAUAUAUGGAUAAAAGGUAAAUAAACAUUUCAGAUUCUGCAUUUUAGGUCAUAAUUCUUUGAUAAAUUUCUAGUCCUUAAAAUCUAAAAUCUGAAAUUAAUUUUUUCCCCACAUUUUCAGGUCCGAAACAAAAUUCAUUCAUUUCCUUGCUCUAGAAAAUCUUUUAUUUUCUUGACUAGAAGAACCUUUCCAAAAUAUUACCUUUUUUUCUGAAUUUAAUCACCUGUUUUUGAAAUGUCAUUGUGACGAAAAAUCAACCUUUUUCUAUUUUUUGCUCAUUCACUUCAAUUUUCUUAUAAUUUCCAGACACGAUUUCAUGGCUGGUCAAAACUUUAUGCCAAACUUCAAUCAAUAUUAUCCACAUACUUAUCCAGUUGGAGACAGUCGUCGAAAUUCUCAUGGCACAACAAAUUCUUCAAAUACUGGUGGAACACCAUCACCACAUUCAAAUAGUUUUCCAACUUCUCCUCCACAAAUUCCUGGAUUCCUUCGAUCAUUCUUCACAAAUAAUGGAGAACUUUCAUCUGCUGCUCAACAUUCUUUGAUGUUUUCCCCGGGAGCUGUUGGAAAUGUUAACCAAGAACAAUCUGAUGAUGAUUCAGCUGAAAAACGAUGUGCAGUUUGUAAUGAUCGAGCAAUUUGUUUGCAUUAUGGAGCAAGAACUUGUGAAGGAUGUAAAGGGUUUUUCAAGCGAACUGUUCAAAAGAAUUCGAAAUACACUUGUGCUGGACAAAAGAAUUGUCCGAUUGAUAAACGCUACCGUAGUCGAUGCCAAUAUUGUCGAUUUCAAAAAUGUUUGGAGGUCGGCAUGGUUAAACAAAGUGAGUCAAAAGAAAAUGGAACAUUGUACAAGUUGGGUAAACAAAAAUAGUCAUGUUUUUUGGAAGACAAGAAAAAUAGAUAGAAAAUCUAAAUUGAUUUCAGAAUUCGUUUUUUUAAUUCUGGAAUUUUUCUACAAUUUGAAAAUUUAACAGAAUCUUUGCAGUUGUCCGCCAUGGAAGUUUGUCUGGAAGACGUGGUCGACUAUCAUCAAAAACCAAAACUCACAGAUCAGCUGAUCAACCAUCUCCACCUCUUCCACUUUUAGCUUUGUAUGCUAAAGCUAAAGAUGCAAAUGCAGUUACUUCAGCAGUCAAUGGAACUUUUCAUGUAAGUGUUCUUCCCAAAAACUUCUGAAAUAUAGUGUUAUUUUGCAGACAUCUUGUGAUAUUGAUACUUUUAUGCAUCUUUUGGCUACUGAAUUUGUAUCAAUCGAUAAUUUCUGUCGAAGUCUUCCACAAGUUUGUGACCUCAAUCAUCAUGAUUUUAAUGUUCUUUUGGCUCGAUCAUUUUUCCCAUUAUUAGCUGCUCGAAUUUGUGAUCGAAUGGAUCCAACUCUUACAAGAACUGAUGUUAUGUUCUCAUCUGGAGAUGUUAUUCCAUUUCAUUUGAUUCCUGAUUGUUUCCAAAGAUUCUUUGUCUCAGUUCGAACAAAAGUUUCAAACUUUAAUUCACAAGUUGAAUGGGAAUCUCAAUCAAUGGCUGCAUUUAUUGCACUUCAAAUGCUUCAUGGUUAUUUAGAUGAAAAGAUUCAAUUGAAUCAUAAAGAACAAUGUGAUCGAGUGCAUAGCACAAUUUUGAAUGCGUUGAAAGAUCAUUGUAGUGCGUCACAGAAUAAAUUGGCAAAUAUUAUGGCCAUGGUGAGUUAGACUAAUUUCAGAAUUAAAAUUGAGAUUUAUUCAAAAAAUUUCAGGUUGAUGAUUUCGAUAAAUUCUACGCACUCGGAUUCUCAAUUCUCUCUUGGCUUCGCUCCAAUAAUCUGCCAAUUCCAUCAGUUUUCCUAACUAUGUUGGUCCAUUUUAAACCAGAAAACACCGCCCUUUUUUAAGAAGAGCUCCACUGAUGAUUUUUCCCCUAAACAUAUCUAUAUAUUUUGAGCUUGAUUUGAUUUUUUUCUCUUUUAUUUUUGAAAUUAAUAAUUAUCCUAACUUAUUUUAUCUUCUAUUUAGUUCCCUCAAAAAUUUUGACCCUACAGGUACCCCAUAUUUUGUCAACUUCUCAGUAUAUUUGAAUUGAAUUUGGAUUUUUUUGUGAAAAUUUAUAUUUUGAUUGGUUUUUUUUCGAAUUCUAGAUAUCAAUUUUACCUAAUUAAUUUAUUUUUUAUUUAAUAAUUUAUUUGAAGAAUAUAUGAAAUUUUGAAUUGGAAAGGAAAUUGAAUACUUUUCAGGGGAAAACGGGGAGUUAGCAAAAGUUGCUUCGAAGUUGUCGUUUUUGUCGGCGGAGGUAUUUUUGAGCUGUGGCCAGAUCGGUUUUCAGUUCGCAUCGACUGAAACCGCGAUCGUCGAUGAUUGGAUCUGGAUACGCGAAAUCCGGACACUUUUUCCCUGAAAAUCAAAAAUUUUUUUGAAAUUUAGACGUGACCCAAUUUUUUUCUGAAUAAAAAAAUGAAAAAAAUAAAACUUAUGAGCUCAUUUUUUAAAACGUACGUUGAAUAUAAUGAAAGGUGAAUUUGGCUCAAAAAAGGGGAAAAUUUUCAAAGGGACUUGACAUCCCAAAUUUAUAAAAAAAAAUAUUUUUUGAACCGCGCUUGAUGAUUUUUUCUCAAGUAAUACAUAUAAGAAUUGUUUUUUUUUCAGAAAUCCAAUAUGAUCAAUGUAAAAUAACACUAUCUAUACUAUGCAUAAUAAUUGUUUCCAUUCAAAAAUCAUCUCAACAAACAGCGGAUAAUUCAACACUCAUUCCCGAUAAUUUCACCGAUGAUCUCAAUUCAACUUUCACAUCAACACAAACAGUAAUCGAACUAUCAACCACAGAAAUUCUGACAACAACUGAAGAACCAACAACUUCUACAACGGAAAAAGUGAUUGUAAAUACGAAAAGAGAUCGAGUUGUGGUAUUUGUGCAUAAUUGUGGGGUAAGAGAUGAAUAAGAUGAACUUUUUGAGAAAAAAAGAGGAAAAAGGGAAAAGUAGUGAUUAUCUGAGAGGGAGGGAGAAGAAAAAUGUACCUAGAACUAUGUGAUCAAAGAAAUCAUGUUAGUGAUCUAUCAAAAAAAUGAAUGUACUAUGAUGGGGGCUAGAUUGUACUCUACUGAAUAUCUGACUCAUGUUAAACGUAGAAAACUAUUUACGUUUGAUCUGGGAGUAGUUUUUUAAGAACUUCUGAAACUUUCCCAAAACUUUCGAAUAUCCUAUUAUUCCUUUUACAGAGUCUCGGUGAUUACAAUUGUCCCGAAAUGUGCAGUUCACUUGACACAAGUCAUAUGAAACCCGAAGAAUGGGUUAACACCGAACUUUGGGAAUAUGUUACUGUCGGAAUUGCUAUUUUUAUUCUUUUUAUUGUUGGAUUUGUACUUUUCAAGUUACAAUCGAAGAUCAAGAUUUUGAAGAAAAAGAGUGAGCUUCAACUUUCAUAUCGAAUUAUUUAUAAAAUUGUUUUUUAGAUGAAGUCCUUCCAACAAGUGAUCCAUUUUUGCCGAUUUUCGCCAAAACUCAAAGGAAAACUCAAACUCCGGAAAAUGGCGCGGAUACUCCAGCAGAAACUUUGAUAUCAAAACACAAUGCAGAACGAUCGAAACCGAUUACACCGCAAGAAUCAAAUAAUAUGAAUGGAUAUGACAAUUUGGGAUCGCUGAAAGAUCGAGGACCAUCGAAUAGUGCAGUUCAAUCGAUUCGAACUAAAUUUUCAAGACUUCGAGAUCAUGUGGCAAAAAUGGAGGCACAAGAAAAAUCGGAUGCGAAAUCAGAGAAGUUUGAGAAACGCGGACCAAUUCGAAUUGAUUUGUUGGAUGUUGAGGUGAGAGAUUUUGAAAAGUGAGAGGAGGGAGAGGUUAUGAAGUGGAAAAUUUCGGAGAAUCUUUUGAAAAAUCUGAAGAAAUCCAGUUUGUUCUAAAUUUCCAAAUUUUCGAUUAUUCUGAUUUUCAAACUUCAUAACUUCUCAAAAACAAUUUUUCCUCAAUUUUCCCACAAAAAAUUCAAAAAUCAUUCCAAUUUUCUAGUCAAGCAGCAAUGUGAAAGAAUCAGAGCAAACCAAGGAUAUUGUGCUCGACAAAGUUUUUUAUGAUCCAAAAGGAAAUGAAAUGUUUGAAAUUGGUUCCAAUGUUGAUAUAAUUCCAUCAGAAUUCGACAAAUCGCAACCAAAAGAAGGAAAAAAGAGUCUCAAUAAUAAAUCGCACAAGAAAUGA